AUGCAAGUCGACUUUAAGCCAUUCCCCCCGCCUGUCAUCAACAUGGUCAACGCUCAGUUCCGGGCCGAAUACAGGGAAGUUCGUCGGCCUGCAAAAGGAAAGGAGCCGUUGGCCGAACCAAAGCCGGUACCAUGCAGUCAGUGCAAUUCUGAGAUCGGUCAGCCCAGACCAUCGAAAAACAAGAGGAAGGCCAUCGAGCCGUCUCGACCGGCUAUGAAGAAAUUCGACGGCCAGUACAACCGUCGACCAGCGAGAAGAGCUGUUUUCGACCGACUAGGGGCAUGA